GUCCAAAACCCGUCAAAGCUUCCCAAUCGGAGAGGUCAACGGAGUUGACACAAACGCCUCAUACAUCACCACUGACAUAGAAACCAAAGAGAACCCAUCUCUGAUUUCUCCUCAAUCUCACAUUCCUCACCCCAAAAUCGAAUCUUUCCAAUCACCCAAUGUCCACCGGAAUCGUGACCCGGUUCAAGGAAGCCGGCCAAUCGGCGAUGUCCGCCCACCGCCCCUUGUCCGAAUUCGCCGACCCCACCGCCCUCAGCCUCCCUUCAAACCUCUCCGACGCCACGACCCGGCUCUUCCAGAACCUGACCCAUUUCCGGUCCAACUACGCCAUGGUCCUCUUGGUCGUCCUCUUCCUCAGCCUCAUCUACCACCCAGUCUCCAUCAUCGUCUUCCUCAUCGUCUUCGCCGCCUGGGUCUUCUUCUACUUCUCCCGCGACGACGAGCUCGUCGUGUUCGGGUUUCCGGUCGGGGACCGGGUCGUGAUGGCCGUGCUGGGAGUGGUGACUGUGGUGGCUCUGGUGUUGACGCAUGUGUGGUUGAACGUCGUCGUUUCGGCGGUGGUUGGGGUGGUCUUGGUUUGCCUUCAUGCUGUGUUUAGAGGGACGGAGGAUCUUGUUAUGGAGGACAAAGAAUCGCCUUAUGGGGCUCUGCUUCAGGAUGAAGCUGACCCGAGUGGGAAUUACAUCAUUAUGUGAUCAUGGUGGUGGUGUUCUUCAGGUUUGAUGAGAUGGUAGUAUUUCUUCGUCUACGAGCAGGUACCUGGGUUCGAUGCAGAUAUACUUUAACAAACAAGUCCAGCCAGUUCUGAUGUUAGCGUUUUGCUUCUGGAGUCUGAUUGUGUAAACAUCAGCAUAAUUGUUUUUCAGCUUUUUUCACCUAUUCAAUCAUGUUGCUAGUGCUUUUAGCAGAGAAACUUGUAUAUACAAUUGUUUUCUCAUGGUAAAUGUGGAGCAAACAGAACACAUUGUAACUGCAAUUUUGUAGCAAUCAUUUCUCCUAAUUUUCAA